GCUUCGCAGGUCGCGGUACUACCGUGCUUCGAGUCGCAAAGAGCGAUUUUUUAACGAAUUUACCGGCGUACGCUGACAGUACCGCAAGUUGUAAUGUGUUGUUGAUUUCUGAGGAGGUGAUGUGAUUUAGUUUUGUUAUUGAGAUUAUUGCCGUUAGAACUUUUUGACGAUGACGUUAAGGGAACUAAAAAAGAAAAGGCAAUAUAUAGAACCUGGUGGGAGAACGACACCAAAAUCUAAUGAACCGGUAGAAAAUAAAAGAUAUUCAAGACAAGAGGAAUCAACAAGGGAAAAGCAAAGACCACCAAUUUAUAAUCCAGAAGAUUAUGCAUACUGGAUUAAGAAAUGGGGGAAGAAGUCAGGUCAUGGCAUUAUAUCUCUUUAUUCGACGUCUAGUAUGUCGGAUCUAGAAAGUAACUACUCUCAAAGUCACUCGUACAGAGACUACAGGAAUCCAAUGCUGAGUUCUUCAGGAAUGGAAAUGACAUUAAGGCAAUUUGGAACGGUCUCAGAACUGCUUGCUAAACUAAAGUGUGAUCUUAGAUUAGCUUAUCCAAGUUUCGUCCAAGAAUUCGUCGCAGAUCCUCUUGAUGGUGUGACAGUCCUACUAGAUCUACUUCGGGCUAUACAACUAAGUCAGUCCAAUGCGGGACAAGUACAAAAUUGCUCCCCUGGAGGAACUACACCAAAACUAUCACCUGCCCUUCAAAGACGAACCUUAUUAGAUGAAUUGGCCUGCCUACAAUGUUUGUAUAAUUGCUGCGUCCGAUAUUCCGAAUCCGUCAGAAAGUUAACAGCAUCCUCUGCUGGAUUAUUUACACUGGCAAUAUGUAUCAUGAGCAAUGUUAAUAAAUCUCGGAUUUUAGCUUUACAGUUACUCAGUAAAGCUUGCGAACCUCCAUCAAGUUGUCAUUCUGCUGUAUCUGAAGCCAUGUCAACUCUUCGAUUAAGAUUUGGUGAACCUGUCCGGUUCAGAUUUCUGGUUGGGAUGUUGAGCUCAGCUGGAAGCCACAUAGAGCUGCUAACAUCAGGGCUGAAGUUUAUAAAUUCGUUUUUAAACACAGCUGAGUCAGUUCAGAAAAGAGUUUAUCUACAAGCAGAACUGGAGCAGGCUGGAUUCGAUUUGGCCAUGAUUAAGAAGAACAUUGGCGUGAAUGUCAACGCAUGUGAGACUCUUUUUGAUGAAAUGGAUGUCUUUGAGAAGCACUUUGUCGAUAUUGAAAACCUUACAAUACGAACAGAAAGUGCAGAAAAAGAAAAUGAUAAUCUACGCGACAGGCUAGCCGAUUUGGAACAGAAAAUUCAGGUUUUACAAGAAGAAAAGGGUAUUUUAAUUUCAAUGGAUCAAUGUUUAAGAGACAAAUGUAGUGAACUCCGAGAAGAAGUCCAAUCUUUAAAAUCCGCUCAAUCCGUAGAUGCAUCAUCCAGGUUAUCAAAGAAUCCAGAAUCUACACCUGAAGAUGAAGGUAUAUCAUCUUCUGAAAGAACUCCCAGCCCAGAAGCAGAAAUCCAACCCACUUCCACAGUAUACGAAAUAUAUACAGCUCCAGAAGAACCGCUAGGUAACGAAUCCGAAGAAGAAACUACAAUAGAAGAUGUGAUACAAGAACUUCAGGAUAUAAUCAGCAACGAAGAAACUCAAGAUUACAACAGGGAAAACCUAAAACUUAAUAACGAAAGAAGACGAGUAGAAGAAUCUCAGAUAGCGGGAAAAUUUAAGAUUCAUUUGGACAUUGACGAUUACGCACUUCAGAGUGAUUAUGAGAUAAUUCCUUCAAAUCUACAACCUGAACCUCCAAGGAAAUCUAGGAGUCUUAUACAUCUAUUCAUGCCCACUGCUGACUAUGAUUAUCAUUCAAAGGAAUUGUUUUUUGAAACAGAGAGUCUAACAACAGACAGUUCGUUCUCUUUGGUAGAUGUGUCUAAGUAUUGUCCUCCUCUAUUCGAGAACAAGACAGAAUCCAAGCCCAUAGAACCAACGUCCAUAAAGAAUGUAUCGCACAACAAAAAUUCUAAGGUGACCGUAAAGCGAUCAGAAUCUUUUAGACAGCUACCAAAGACAACACCCAACGUUGAACAAAAUAUUUAUUCUGAAAGAUAUCAAUUCAACAUUCCUCCUGAAGUAUCUACAUUCAAAAGAAAUCUACAGAAAAACAAGAAACACAACUUAUCCAAUAAGUGCAUGAGCUUAGAUAGAGUUGACAACAGUAUAGAUGUGUCAAAUGGUGUCGUUUUAAACAAAGUAAAAACCAUUGCCUCAAGAUCAAAAAGUGAUUCUGAAAACAUACUCACAACUACUAACAAAAGUAUAACAAAUGUAUAUAUAAACCAGGAUAAAGACAUCAAGUAUAAGUUGGGAUCAUAUUCAGAAGAAAAGCACAGAAUGUUUUUGCCGUCAUACUCAGAAGAAAAUGAAGUGUUGUAUUAUUUUCCUCGAAUCCAAGAAAGGAAACCAAGUAAUUCUUCGAGUUUUCUUCUGAAUCGAGGAUUUAGCAACGCUGGUCUGUAUUCUGGCCAAACAUUUGAGACACAUCACUAUUUUAAUCGAAGUAGGGAGGUUAUAGGGAGCGAUUGCAGGAGUUCUGGAAAAUUAACAGAUUUUCCCUCAGGAUUAUAUUAAAAAUAGAUUUAGUUGUACUGUAAAUAGUAUUUUGUUUGACAUAAUUAUAAUGUAUAAACAUGCUGCUCAAUAAAUUUUGCAGUUCGAUAAGAAAACCACAAUUUUAUGGUUUCAAAAACCUUUAUUAUUCAGUAUAAUUUCCCUGCACAUCAAUACACUUGUUCCUACGAGAUUCCAAUUAUAAAUUCCAUCUCUAGUGAGAAUCUGUUAUGUACCUACUCAUCAUUUGAUAAAUAACCCUUUCCACGCAUGAAUUUUUUUUGGUAUUAAAACAGAUGGAAGUCGCUAGGGCAUAAAUCUGAUGAAUGCGGUGGAUCUUCCAACAAGCGUCGAACUUUAAUUCAUUGGUUCUAGCCAUUGUUAGAAUGCUCAUAUAACACAGUGCAUUGUCCCGACGAAAAAUAUUUUUUCUCUUCUGCAAACCGGGUCUUUUUCACGAAUUUUUUCUUGCAGCUGAUCUAAACAGUUACGAUAAUAUCCAGAAUUUAUUUUUUUGCCAGUUUGUAAGUAAUCUACAAAAAAAAUUGCUCUAGCAUUUCAAAAGACUGAUGUUACUACCUCGUUGGCUGAUUUCUGGACACGAACUCGUUUUGAAGCCGAAGAACUAGGAUCACACCACUCUUUAGCCACUUGUUUUGAUUCAGUGUUACGGUGAUAGACCCAAAUAUUAUCCUUAGUGAUGAAUCGAUGCACAAAAUCUGCUUUAUCCUUUCGAGAACGCUCUCAAUUUUGCUGAGAAAUUCGCAUUCGAAUUCGUUUUUGUUCCGUUAUCGAAUGCGGCCCCCAUUGUAAACACAGUUUUAUGAAAUCCAAUACUUCAGUCAAAAUAUUGCUUAGAUACACUAUCCAAUGAGAAACUUAAUAGGGCAGUCAAUGAGGGUAUGUGGCUCCGAAUUCCAUCCUACUAUAUCGAUUUACGUGAUAUUUUCACAGUAAGUAGGGAAUAGCCCAAGAAAGAAAAUCUACCCUAUGCCGAUGUGUGCUUUUGUCUUGGGGGUGGUUCCCAUCCCUUCUCGGGGGUGGACAAGUUUUUGCUUAAAUAACUACGGAAGUUGCUAGAA